AUGUUUUCGGAGCACAACCACUCAAUUCUCAAGAACCCAGAUGACUCGUUUCCGCACGAUGAGAAUCGACAUGUUCAUUUUGAUAAGAUGAAAGAAGUUCAAAUUUACGAUCCUACAACUGGAAGUAUGAUUGCUGCGACUCCAACGAAAGAGAAAGCGUUCGAGACUGUCAGUUCGGAAGGAACACCGUCAUCAUAUAUGGAUGUUGUCGAAGAUUCGGACGAUUCGCUCAACAAAACGAAAAAUGUCUCUCAUGAAAGUAUUCAAGAAGAAACUCUCGAUAUUUUCGACAUUUCCGAAGAAUUCAAACUUCCAACAUUCGAUCCAGAAGUCGUCAAGACUAUCUUCUUUGCAGAAGAAGAUUUUCAGAAUCUUUUGAAAUCUGAAAUGGCUGCAUCUCAAAAAGAAAUGGAAAAAUCAUAUGCGGAAAGCGAUGGAGCGUAUCAUGAUCGCUUGAAAUUUCUGAAGAGUAAUUCGAUUAGUGAACUGACGAAAAUCGAGCAAAAAGUGAUUCAAGUUGCUUACAAAAAAGCGGAAAUCCGUUUUCUAGAGCUCCGUUUGAAAUUCGCUGCUGAGCAACGUGUCAAGUCUGAGAAGACGAUUUUCGAGCUUCAGAAGGUUCAAAAAUCGAGAAAUUCUAUUCCGGAGAUGUUCGAUCGAGUUCAAGACGAGUAUUUUGAGGCGAAGAAAGAAAUUAUGAGAAUUCGUUUGGAGAAAAUUCAAAAAUCCUACAAAGAACAGCUGGAUUCGGAAAGAAAGAGAUUCCAGCUGAGAUUGGAAAUCGAGGAGAGAAGAAAGAAGUUGGAACGGUUGGAGAUGAAAGAAAACGAGUCAAAAGAGAGGAUGGAGCAGUUGAUCUCCGAGAUGGAAAAAAUCAACAUAGGACACCUAAUUAAUCACAGGCAAAAUCAGUUAUCACAACAAAAUAUGAAAGCUAGCAAAGUAUUUAUCACAUUUGACGAUAUCUCAAAAGUUGAACAUCCCUUCCAGGUCAUCGUCGUUGUUAUCAGGAUCGGGGGUUGUUGUCAUGCCUGA